GGCAAGAAGGAGUGGUCAAAGAUGGUUGCCAAAUAUUUUCCUCCCAGACAUAACACAACACAUUUUUAGUGCAUAAAUGCUGAUAUUUUGAGAUAAGUGCGUUAAAAUACAAUAGGGAAACUUCUCAGUGAAUUGUAGAUUAUUGAAUUUGCUUGCAAGAUCGUCUAGAAAUAGUGGUUUUCUGUAGGAAAACGUGGUGGAAAAGUAUGGUGUGUUCUGCGAUGGCAGAGAGAUAAUUUCAGUGUAAAAAUACAGUAAGAAAACACUGCAGUUUUCCCAUCUAUGCAAGGACUUUAGCUCCGGGAUGAGCGUCUCGGUGUGAGAUUCAGCCGCUCACCGCAUCUUUUCCACACAAACAGUGAUCGCUUGGAUGCAUUGAAGUGUAAAAAGUGCAGGGGAGGAGGAGGAAAAUGGAUGCAACAGUGGAGAAAUCUACUCUCGCGUUUGUCAUGAGUGACAAAGACAUGCUGCAAGCCGUCCAGGAGGUCCCGGAGACGUCGGAUGACGCAGUGCAAGCGAAGGCGGCAAGGAGCAUCACGCCAACUGAGGACAUGGAAGUGUCUGUGGAGCUCGAGAAGGGCGCUUCGGCGGCAGAGGAGGAGGAGCUGCAGGUGACGGAGGUGGUGGUGGAGGAGAAGGGCAUGGAUGCGGAGUCAGCAGAUUUGCCGGACAAGUCGCCAGCAGUGCAAGUGGAGACAGAGGAAUUGAGCAGGACGGCGGAAGCGGAGGAAACGACAGACGAGAUCACGUGCAAUGACAAUGGACUGAAUGAGGAGAAGCCACUGGUGCAGUGUGAGGCGUCGCCAGACAGUGAAGAAAGCGCGGUAAAGUGUCCGGAUACUGCUAAGAUGAUUCCUGAUGUGGCCAAGCAGGUGAAAAUGCGCAGCAGCACUUGGAGAAGCUUCACGGCAACACUGAAGAAGCGCAGCAUUAAAUGGCUCAACAGAAAUCGCUAUCACAUGAUGUACAAGAGAAGUGUGCACGCCAGGAAGAUGCCGAAGGGAUCACAAGUGGGCUAUGGCAAUUUGACUGGUGGGCAGAAGGAGAUUGUCGACGCGGAGAGCAAAUUCAACAAAGUACAAGACGAUGAGGACGAGGAGGAGAGUAAUUCCAACAUUGAAAAUCACGCCAAGAGACCUCGAAUAGACGAUGAUGUGGAAAUUGUGGCGGUGAAGAGUGAAGAUGAAGACAGCAGUGUAUGUGAUAGGACAAAUGGCAAGGAGGAUGACAAUGAUGAGCAGAAGAUUGCCCAAGAUGAAGUACCUUCCACUGACAGUCCCAGCAUAAUUGAUGGCGAACAGUGUGCAGAUCAUGCGGAGAAGUUGGACCCAAAGAAGAACCAGAGAGAAAAGUCACCAGCAAUGAACUACAGUGUGGACGAUUCCAUCACGCCCACGAAGAAGCUCUGCCUGGAGUUGGAGAUGAAUUUUGCCACUCAUGACAAAAUACUGACUGAUUAUAUUGAGAGUACACCGAAUGAGUCUGCAAAUGACAUUCAGCGCCACGUGGAGCAGUUGAUUGUUGAGAUACAGACGCUCAACGAUAUGAUACGUGCUAAGGAGAUGGAGUGGAACAAUAUGAUUCACCUGAAGAAGGUGAAGGAGGAGAUUGUGGCACGCCUGACACGGAAGAGGCACGUUUUGGAGUUUGCAAACACCACACUGGCGCCAGAUGAUGUUCACCGGUUGUCCGCUGAGGCGAAAGAUCUCUCCGAGGCGUCAAUUACCAAGAUCACACAAGCUCUUCUGCUCAAUCGCGCCAAUUUGGGUGCCAAUGAGCUGCAGCGCAGCAACUCCAAUUCCUCAGAGUCUAGAAAUGCUCAGCACGCACUUUCGGCGGCCUUUGGUGCGAAUGCUGCAGGUGAAUCGAGCAGAAAUCGCUCUUCUGACUGCGGAUUGUCUGCCAGUCAGGCAUCUGCAUUUCCCAGUGAUCUGUUCAAUGGCCACAACACGCGACUCACGCAGCAAAUGGGUCGUCAGGGGGCGAUUAAGGAUGUGAAAAGUAUUAUUGCCGACUAUCGACAGAGACAUCCGGAGAUUGUGCCGCGACGGGGCAGACGAAUGAAGUCAAUGCUGAGUGAAAACAGUUGCCCAAAGGAGAGUGGCAAUUCGCGACCCUCCAGUGCGGAUUCAUCGCACAGCAAUGCAGCGAAUAGCAAUUUUGCUCCGUCCACGGGACAACAGAACACAUCGCAGUCUGGCACGACAAUUGGUAAUCUCUCGUUCAAGGAUGUUCUCGUGCAAUUUGCCAAAUUGAGCCAGAGUGAUCGGCAAAUGAUCUCAACCACGGCAGAAGCGUCGUCAGCCGCCAAUGCAGUGACAAAUUCACUGGGUGGAAAGGCGCCACCGCCCUAUCCUGAGGUCACACUGUAUCCCGUGAAUAGUCAGUCGAGUGCUGAGCAAAUUGUGCUCAGCAACACCAACAACACACACUCCAAUUCACUCUUGCACGGUAUACUCACGAAGAGCACAACACGACCUAAUGCACCCGGAUUCACAUCCUUUUCGCCCACGCUAGCGCGUCUGCUCACCGCACCGGAGAGAAUAACCACAACACAGAGCGCAGGCGGUGGACAAUUUCAGCAGCAAAUUAAUCCGGCACUGAAUCUCUCAAAGUCCCACAGUGAGAUCACAAUAACGCCCGUUGUCAGUCAGACGAAUCUGCAGCAGAGCUUAAUGCAGCAGCAACAGCAGCAGCGCUUUGACAACUGCAACAACUCAUCUGCCGUGCAGAUUCGCAUGAAGCAGGAGAAUAUCUUCAACAUUGAUGACGAGGCGGAUGAUUCGGCUGAUCGAUUGGUGAUAGACGAGGGCGGCGACAGGAAUUUGAUGGAAUCCGGCUCGGCGAAGGAUCAGCAGAUCAGUAUGGUUGGUCAGGAGUUCCAUGAGAACGAGGUGCCAGAGUGUCAGGGAUGCAAGAAGCGCGAGGCGCAAUUUGUGUGCGCUGGAUGUGGCAAUCAGUGGUACUGCAGUCGAGAAUGUCAGGUUUCCGCUUGGGACGAGCACUCGGAAGUGUGCACAGGCUGAGGGAGAAGUCAGUGAUUGCGAGUGUGAAUUGAGUGGAAAAAAGAGGCAUCAUUCCAAAUAUUAUAAUGAUGCCAAAAUGCCAUUUAUAUAUAACAAUAUAUAAUAUUCUUACAAAAAAAAAACAGAGAAAGAAAGAGAAAAGAAAUAUUCCUUAAAGUUUUGUACUACUAUUUUUACGCGCAAGGAGUUGAUGAAAGAAUAUUUAAGUGAAAUAGUAGAAUGAUUUAUGAAGAGGAUCAUUUAAAUUUUGACGAUAGUUGCCAAACAUAUUUACUUUAUUGUGGUCAUAGAUUGAGCGAGUGAAACUUUCUUAUAAUGUAUUUACUAUGAUUGUAGUCUUAAAAAUAUUGUGUCCUCAUUAGUUUUUUGCCUCUUAGAGUUCAUUGUGUAUUUGUGGGUUAGAAUAAUGUCUCUUAAUAUAUAUAAAGAAGAAGAAGAAGAAAAAACAACAAAUCAUAGGAAUUCACACCAGAGAAUUGUGAAAGCUAUUAUUUAUUUAGCAUUUUCAUGAAUCAUAUUAGUUUCUAAAUACACACACGCGCAUACCAGUCAAUUUUUUUUUUUGAUUAUUAAGAUGGAGAAAAAUGAUAAAAAAGUUUUGAUGAUAAUAUUCUUAAGGCAUUUUAGGAUAUAAAUUUGCAAGUGAAGGUUCACAAUAAACAAUUAUUCUCACAAAAUAUUUAGAGAUGAAUUGUAUUGUAUUUUUGAGUUACUGUAAUACAACAUACAUUGUAUAUUAUAUUACAUAUCCCAAUUUAUUAAAUUAUACGAAUGGAAAAAUA